AUGACACUCUUCAACUGUUUGAUCUACACUUGGUAUGGCUUACCAAUUGUGAGUCAUCUUUGGGAGAACUUUCCUCUCGUCACCAUUAAUGGAGUCGGCAUCCUUCUCGAAUCAACCUUCAUUUUCAUAUAUUUCUUCUACGCGUCGCCAAAAGAAAAGAUUAAGGUUGGUGUUAUAUUUGUUCCCGUGAUCGUUGUGUUCGGGUUAACGACGGCAAUCUCAGCCGUGGUAUUUGAUGACCACCACCACCGGAAAUCAUUCGUCGGAAGUGUUGGCCUUGUGGCUUCUAUCUCCAUGUAUGGUUCUCCUCUCGUCGUUUUGAAAAAGGUGAUAGAGACCAAAAGUGUGGAAUACAUGCCGUUUUACUUGUCCUUCUUCUCAUUUCUUGCUAGUUCCCUUUGGCUGGCCUAUGGUUUACUAAGUCAUGAUCUCUUUCUUGCGUCACCUAAUAUGGUGGGGACUCCAUUGGGGAUUCUCCAACUGAUCAUCUUCUUCAAGUACAAGAAUAAGAAGGAAGCACCAACAACAAUGGUGAUGAACACAUGUAAUGAUGAGAGGAACAAUACCACCAUUGAGCUUGUAGUUGACGUUGAUCAUGAUAGUGAUGCCAAUGUGAAGAAUUUAAACAUUGCAUGCUAAUUCCCAAUCACUGAGAGAGUUUAUUCAGCUCUUAAGAUCGCUAGGCCAAUGUCUUCCGUUUCAAGCCAGCCACAGUUUCGGUACACGCAGCCUCCUUCUAAGGUUCUUCAUUUGAGAAACUUGCCAUGGGAAUGCACUGAAGAUGAGUUGAUUGAGCUCGGGAAGCAAUUUGGCACAGUCGUUAAUACGAAGUGCAAUGUUGGAGCCAAUCGAAACCAAGCUUUCAUUGAGUUUGAAGAUUUGAAUCAAGCAAUACAUAUGAUUUCUUACUAUGCUUCUUCAUCGGAACCUGCUCAAGUUCGAGGUAAAACCGUCUACCUCCAGUACUCAAACAGGCAAGAGAUAGUGAACAACAAAACGACGGCGGAUGUUGUGGGAAAUGUGCUUCUGGUGACAAUUGAAGGCGAGGAUGCUCGCAUGGUCAGCAUUGAUGUCUUGCAUCUGGUAUUCUCAGCCUUUGGGUUUGUCCACAAGAUUACUACUUUCGAGAAGACAGCUGGAUAUCAGGCACUGGUUCAAUUCACUGAUGCGGAAACUGCAACCUCGGCAAAAAAUCAGCUCGAUGGAAGAAACAUCCCUAGGUAUCUACUCCCUGACCAUGUGGAGCAAUGCUCUCUUAAGAUCACAUAUUCAGCUCAUACAGAUUUGACUGUCAAAUUUCAGAGCCAUCGGAGCAGGGACUAUACUAAUCCUUAUCUUCCUGUUGCUCCAUCAGCCAUUGAUAGCACUGGUCAGGUGAGUGUGGGUGUAGACGGGAAGAAGAUGGAGCCUGAAAGUAACGUGCUUCUCGCAUCCAUUGAAAACAUGCAGUAUGCCGUAACCUUGGAUGUGUUACACAUGGUUUUUAUGGCGUUUGGGGCUGUUCAAAAGAUUGCAAUGUUUGACAAGAAUGGUGGGAUGCAAGCAUUGAUUCAGUACCCAGAUGUUCAAACGGCUGUAGUGGCCAAGGAAGCAUUGGAAGGGCAUUGUAUCUAUGAUGGUGGCUACUGUAAGCUGCACAUUACUUAUUCACGCCACACCGACCUCAGCAUAAAGGUGAACAAUGAUAGAAGCAGAGACUACACGAUGCCUAACCCGGCGGUUGCAAUGGCUCAACAGCCUGGUCAGAAUCCAUACGCCGGCAAUUCCCAGCAUUACAACGCCGGCGAUUCACAGCAAUACAACGCAGCAGGUGCGAGCAGCCACCACCACCAGCAACAACAGCAGCAGCAGCCACAAGGUGGAUGGCAAGGUCAAGGUCAAAGUCAUGGUCACAAUCCCUACAUGGGUGCACCUUCUUCUGGUUCGAUGCAUCAAGGUCCAGGCGGUCAUAUGCCGCCGCAGCAGCAUUAUGGUGCUCCUGGUCCAAUGCAUUAG